AUGAAUGGUGAAAUAUCGAUUGGUUGUGGACCAGCAUGUCGUCUAAUAUGUUGUCUGAGGGAUAAAUCGACAGAAAUAGCACAGAUUUGGCAAUUAAAUGGAAAAAUUAAUGAAAUGAUGGAUAAAUUGGAUCGAAUUGGUUUGCAACCAACGGGAAUACCAAUGUCACCUCAAACAUUUUAUGUGACAACAUCAGUAAACAAUUCAGAAUCAUCAAAAUGGAACAAUAAUUCAAUUAAGGAAGAUCAGGCGGAAAUAGAAGAUAAUCGUGAUAUAACUAAUCAAUCAGCUGCCGCUAUGCGUAAUCGGAAAUGGAAUACAAAAAUAAACGAUAUAUGGUUAAAUGAUAAGUGUAUUCGAGGAGCGGAAAAGGAUUAUUUGGAUCCGGAUGAGGAGAUUUUCUGGAAUGAUGUUAUCAGUAAAUAUUUAACACCAAUUAUUCAUGAUCAAUUAGAGCAGCAAAAUAUCAAAACUGGUCUUAAGUUAUUAAGAAAUAAGGUUUGCUCAGGAUUUUUUAUGGUAAAUACGGUAUUUAUCAUUAUUGUCCUUCUGCUACAACUACAAAAAGAUUGUAUCCAUAUCGAAUGGCCAUUAGGUCCACGUUACAAUCAUACAAUCAUUCCGUGUAGUACGGAUAUUCGGAAACCAAUUUGGGUGGUGACACGAUUGCAAUUGGAACCAAUUGGAUUAGUCUUCCUACUUUUUUUCAUGUCUAUUCUUAUUAUUCAGUUCAUAGGAAUGUUAUUACAUCGUUUUGGUACUAUGGCACAUAUAAUUGCAUCAACGCAAUUAUUUUGUUGGCGUAAACAUACGGAUCAUUUAACGGAAGAUGAAUUAGUUGUACAAAAUGCGGUUGAAAUAGCACGUGAAUUACAAGCAAUCCGUGGUGUUGAUGAACCCGAUGAAAAUGCUCAAUCGGUAUAUUUUUCAUUUUGA